GUCGGUUGUAUAUGAGCGAGCGGCUACGUGUCAGUCCUGUUCGACAGCGCGCGCGGAGUCAGAGGCAGCAGGGCAGAGACAGAGAGACAGAGAGACACAAUGGCACCUAAAGGGGGCAAUAAGCAGCAGUCUGAGGAGGAUUUACUCCUGCAGGACUUCAGCAGGAACCUCUCAGCUAAAUCCACCGCGCUGUUUUACGGAAACGCGCUGAUCGUCUCCGCCAUUCCCAUCUGGCUCUUCUGGAGGAUCUGGCACAUGGACCUGGUGCAGUCCGCGGUUCUGUACGCCGUCAUGACCCUGGUCAGCACGUACCUGGUGGCCUUCGCUUACAAGAACGUUAAAUUCGUCCUCAAGCACAAGGUGGCUCAGAAACGCGAAGACGCUGUUUCCAAGGAGGUGACCCGCAAACUGUCCGAGGCCGACAACCGCAAGAUGUCUCGCAAAGAGAAGGACGAGAGGAUUCUGUGGAAAAAGAACGAGGUGGCGGAUUACGAGGCCACAACGUUCUCCAUCUUCUACAACAACACUCUGUUCCUCGUGCUGGUCAUUGUCGCCUCCUUCUUCCUGCUGAAGAACUUCAACCCGACGGUGAACUACAUUCUGUCCAUCAGCGCCUCGUCUGGUCUCAUCGCUCUGCUGUCCACGGGCUCAAAGUGAUGGAGAGAGAGAGAGAAUGAAACUUUAAAACAUGGAAAAAGAAGAGGGAUGAACAAAUGAAAGACUAGGGUUGUGGGUUGUGCUGUACGAGUCCGUAAAACGGGGGUGCAGGAGACGUUAAUCAUUUCAUCAGUGGACUUACAUGAAAUUCAUGAUCUGUGCGAUGCCGAGAGGUCGUUUCUGACUUUCACUUUUUUUUACCAAUAAAUAAAAGAGCGUUAACCCUGA